AUGAUAGACGUGGUGAGAAUAUUCAGCAAGGGGGGCCUCAUCCUGUGGUCCUACGCCUUCUACGAAAUAGACGACGCGACCAUACGAACCAUCGUCAAGCAAGUACUCAUAGAGGAGAAGUACGAAGACUUCUGCAAAAAGUACAAUAAAUUUCAUGCCAAAUGGAAGCUACUAAACGAUGUGGAUGUUGUUAUCCUCAUUGUUUACCAAGGGAUACAAAAUUCUUCGUAUGUAGAAAAUUUAUUUUUAAAAAUUAAAAAAUCUUUUGUAAAGCUCUUGCCCAAAAAUAUGGACUACUUUGACUUGGAUCUCCCCGUCAACUUCGACAAGCAGUUUUUGAAAAUCGUUGAAGACGUAGAGGCUAUUUCAUCCUCCACCGGGGCGGGCGCUGACAGGCGGGCAAGUAUAGACGGAAGGAGAAGCAGCACAGGGGGACGAAGAACCAUCGCAGAUAAGAAAAGCAGCUGCGAUAAAGGGAAGGGUGAUCUGACGGAUGAAAGUGAAGAUACGGGAGCGAGUGAACGCACAGAUGCGGAUAGCUAUUCAGACAAGAGCGAAGGACAUUAUGAUGAAACGAAGGGAAAGAAUAAACAUGGCGCACACAAAAUGGAGGUAGACAAAUACAAAAAGGAGAGCAGCGAUGAGGAUAACAAAAUGAUGGAGGACGAUGAAUCGAAUGUAAAGAAAAAAAAUAAAACGAAGAAAAAAAGUGCUAGGGAAUGGGAACUCAGCAAAAAAAUAACCAAAAAGGAUAUUGAAAAAUUAGAUUAUUCAAAACAUGAAAAGAAUUCCACCGAUGUACAUGAAAUGAAUAAGUACGAAGGAGAAUUUGAAGACUCAAGUGACGGAAAUGUGGAUACCAAUAAUAAUCUCCUGAACAAAAUAAAUGAUUCCAUUUUGAAAGUAUUUUCCUACAACAGUAAAAUAGAAGAAAGUGAUAUAGAGUCCAUCCUACAAGGAAUUAAAAAUAAGCUACUCUCCAAAAAUGUCGCAGCAGGAAUAUGUGACACGUUAAUUGACAAGAUGAAGGGAAACCUCAUUGGAAAGAAAAAAACCUUGUUCGCUAUGAAUGUUAAGAAAACUGUUUCUACUGUUCUGACGGACACCAUCCAAUCUAUACUCAUACCAAAAGAAUCAGUAGAUGUACUCCGAGCAGCCUUGGAAGCAAAGUCGAUUGGGAAAUUAUACUCAAUUGUUUUCUUAGGUGUUAAUGGAGUAGGAAAAUCAACAAAUCUUGCAAAAGUUUGCUACUACCUUAAGACAAAAGGAAAUUUAAAAAUAAUGAUCGCUGCUUGUGAUACUUUUAGAGCUGGUGCAGUGGAACAACUUAGAACCCAUGCAAAUUGCUUAGAUGUAUACCUUUAUGAAAAGGGAUAUGGAAAAGACGCAGCAGCUAUUGCGAAAGAAGCCAUUGCUUAUGCAAAGAAAGAAAAUUUCAAUGUCAUAUUAAUUGAUACUGCGGGCAGAAUGCAAGAUAAUGAACCCCUCAUGAGAUCCUUAGGAAAACUUAUCCUGAUCAACAACCCUGAUUUUAUUUUAUUUGUUGGAGAAGCAUUAGUUGGUAAUGAUGCGAUUGAUCAACUCAAAAAAUUCAACCAAGCAUUAACAGAUGCUACCUGCAAUGCUAACAAAAGGACCAUCGAUGGAAUCCUUCUCACCAAAUUUGACACCGUUGAUGACAAGGUAGGCACAGCCCUGUCCAUGGUAUACCUCACGGGAAAGCCAAUCGUCUUCGUUGGCGUCGGUCAGAAAUAUACACACUUGAAAAAGUUCAACGUCAGUAUGGUCGUCAAGGCGUUGAGCUAG